AUGGGCUUCCGGACGAUCCUGUUCAUCUACGUGUUCGGAGGGCUGACCUUUCUACCGCUCCUGGCCAUCACUGCAUGGUACUUGCUGCCCCGAGCUUCGAUUGGAGGAAACGAUGCAGAUCUUGAGGAAUCGGACAGCUUGAGAGGACAGGAUGUGGGCUCUGCGAAAUUGAAGAGUCAGGACAGAAGCCGGGACAACGCGGGAGAUGYGGGUGCAAGCGGAUCGUUCGCUGUUCUGAGGCGGUAUGACCUGCAAGCCGCCCUCACAGCAUUGGGGUCCAAGACAGCUACAAAUCCAAAUGGGACUACUGGUGACGGUGCAGAUGGUGCAGGCGGAGAGUCUGUUUCGGUCUACCAGAGCAUGUACAGAAGUGUCUUCACUGGCAACAAACAGAACAGCAGUGCCACCUCUUUACUGCAACACGACGAGACCGAUGCUCCAGGCAUUCGACGGAAACCUGCUCCGGCAAAUGUGCUGUACAUCGUCCUUCGCCAUGGGCAUUUAAUGGUCUAUGACUCGCCAGCACAGGUGGAGGUCAAACAUGUCAUCAGCCUGGCGAACCACUCUGUCUCGCUACAAUCUGGUACCGUCGAAGACGAAGAUCUGGACGAGAAAAAGAUUCCAGAAUCAGACUUAUUCAUCAAGCGGACAGCAGUGGUGCUUACACCCGUGGAGCUGCCAAGUGGCGCGUUACAGCCGGCAAGCACAGCACCACCAAAACCAUUCUACCUCUUCUCUGCGACGAACAUCGAGAAAGAGGCCUUCUACCACGCUCUUCUGGCAGCUCGCACAAAUCCUCCCACUCCUAGGGCAUUGGACACUGAUGCUCUUAUCAAACUCCAAUCCAUGCUCCACUCCUCUUCCAUGACAUCGGAAGCCCGUGCUCUGAAUGCAAUCAUCGGCCGUGUGUUCCUUGCGAUCCAUCGUACUGAUGCCAUCAAUGACUUUAUCCGCUUCAAGAUUGAGAAGAAAAUUGCGCGAAUACAAAAGCCGACAUUCAUUCCCUCGCUCCGCAUUCAAUCGCUCAACCUCGGCGACGCAGGACCUGUGCUUUCCAACUUCAAGAUGCGUGAUCUGAACAUCACGGGUGAUAUGACUAUCAGUGCCGACAUGAAGUACACGGGCGGUCUUUCAAUCACGUUCCUCGCAGUGGCAAGGCUCGAUCUUGGGCCGCGCUUUAAAGUCAGAACUGUUGACUUGGUACUGAAGACUACAAUCAAGCGCAUAAGUGGCAAUAUGCUGCUUCAAAUCAAGCCACCGCCGUCGAAUCGGAUGUGGUUCUGCUUUGAAAGCGUCCCAGAGAUGGAGAUUCGAGUCGAACCCGUGGUCAGUGAGCGGAAGAUUACCUAUGGAUUCGUGCUGCGAGCAAUCGAGGAGAGAGUGCGCACAGCCAUCGCGGAAGGUCUCGUGCGACCUAAUUGGGACGACAUCCCCUUUCCAUUCACAGAUACUCGUGGCAGUCAUGCUCGUGGUGGAUUAUGGCGGCACGAUGGAGAACCAGACGAUGCUCAAGCCAUGGGUGUUGCGGAAAAAGAAGUGCAAGAAUCUGAGAUUCAACCUGGUGUGGAAGCAGCUGUAUCUACUGGCGUCUCCUCCGGUGCGAUAUCUGUGGACGAGGGUCAGGUCAGGCGUCGUACAAUGGAGUCAACAGAACAAGGGAACGAGCCAGGAACCAGCCCGGAGAAGCCUCAGCAGUCUUCUAGCUCUCCAAGAUUGCUUAGGUCUACCUCGAUUUCUUCGUCGAUUCCUAGUGUGGCCGUUGAUGGGCAGAACGUAGAACCCRUGCGCAACGACGACGCAUCUUUGCGUGCGACUCCCACACCAAACAGGAAACUGUGGCGAACACGUGGAACGCCAAGUUCGCAGCAGCAACCCAGAGAUGCUCUAGAAGAGCUUCGAGAUCUUCGCGAUCGUGCGGAGAAGAAUACGGUAUCGUCCACGCGGAACGGGAGUGYCUCUGAGAUUCCUGAUCCCGAACAUGACGCGCCUUCCACUCCUGCAGAAACGGCAACCGGAAGCACCGUGGAAAGCCGACGGCCAUCAGACGACUCUGCAUCAUCUCCUGCGGCUCGUACAUUCUCGAUUCAGAGCGCGGACUCGGAGCGAUCAGCUACAAGCUCACUCUCGUCAUCCCAGAGUGGUCAAAGCCAAUCGAAGAAAGCAAAUGUCCUUGCCGCGACCGUCGCUGCCACCAACGCAGCACGCAACUGGGGUUGGAAUACACUCCAGCGCAACAAGACCGUGUUUCCUCGUGUGAAUUCCAAGCAGGAAACUACAACUCCUGCCGCGGACCAGCCCAUGGGUCGAGGACAGCCUCUCCCACCGCCGGGAGUACCUCUCCCCGGACCACAGCAGAAGACGUUGUGGGGAAACAUGAAACGGAAGCCAGUGCCAAACUUACCGCCAAGGCCGCAGGCAGCUGGGGUUGCGGAGCGGCUCAAAGCAGAUCAGAUACCUCGUGAAAGCGAAGAAUUUGAGCCAUGGCAGGAAAACAGUGGGCCGGUGGAAGGCCAAGCCUUCGCCGCGACGUCAGAUGACACGAGUGGAGUUCGAGCUUCGACUUCCCAUUCAUCAGCAACAACGCCUUCUUCUAAAAACGAGCUUCAAGUGCCAACACCACAAAAAGAUAAACCCGACUUGGCUCGCAAAGCUAGCUGGGAAGGGAGCAAGAUCCCGGUCAAGGCAGGAAAGACACCUCCGGCUCUGCCACGUAGGCCAUCGCCAGUCCAGAGGCACUCUCCCCGAUCAUCGACACCUUCCAUCAUUAGCAAUGCGGAUACUGAUAGCGUUCUUAAAGUGCCCGAGAGCGCGGCAGAUGCUGUUGCGGCUGAGAAUUCUACGACUGAUCUCGCUCGAGGCGCUACGGAAGUGCUGAACGUUGUGGAUGCAACCGAAGGUGUUGAGGCGAGCCUCUCACCUGACGAUGCGAGUGAUUCCAGGCGUCUUUCGGGAUACUCUGCCCAUCGACUGGAUGAUAAGAGUAGUCUCAGACGAUCAUCGAAAUCUCCCAGCAUGAACGGCGGAAUGCAUGAGAGUCUGGCUGAUGUCACGGAUAACUUUGCCAUGGACGAAGAUAUCAACGAAGCGGACUUUGACCGAGAUACAAAGCCUGCACUAAUAGCAGCUGAGAGUUCAAGUCGAAAUGGCGCAGACACGGCAGUCAAGCCAGCCGAAGACAAAUCGGACUCAUCGACGUCCAAGAUGCAAAGCGAAGAGGAGAUAAUGGCCGAGCGAGUGCGGGCUCGAACACAGUACCACACGCUUGGGAGCGGCAGUCCAGCCAGCAGAAAGUAG